AUGGCGGGCGGUGUAGUCGUCAGUGCUUCCGGAGGGAAGGAGUACCCAGGCAAGAUGACGCUCUUUGUAUUCCUCACCUGCUUCGUGGCCUCCUCCGGUGGUCUCAUUUUCGGCUAUGAUCUCGGCAUUUCCGGGGGAGUGACAUCAAUGGAUUCGUUCCUGCUAAAAUUCUUUCCUUCUGUGUACCAUAAGGAGAAGGAGGAUGUGAGCACGAAUCAGUACUGCAAGUUCGACAGCGAGCUAUUGACUCUGUUCACAUCCUCGCUUUACUUGGCCGCAUUGGUAGCAUCGUUCUUCGCAGCGACAGUGACGAGGGUGUUUGGAAGGAAGUGGUCCAUGUUUGGUGGAGGCAUCACCUUUUUGGUGGGUGCAGUCGUCAAUGGUGCAGCUGAGAGCGUGUUCAUGCUUAUCCUCGGUCGCAUCCUUCUCGGCAUUGGCGUUGGCUUCGCCAAUCAGUCUGUGCCGCUAUACCUCUCUGAGAUGGCUCCGCCGAAACUCCGCGGGAUGCUCAACAUUGGCUUCCAACUUAUGAUCACGAUCGGAAUUUUGGCCGCCAACCUCAUCAACUAUGCAACUGCGAAGAUCGCCGGAGGUUGGGGCUGGCGCGUCAGCUUAGGACUCGCCGCGGUCCCUGCCGUCGUCAUUGCCCUCGGCGCUCUUCUCCUCCCCGACACCCCAAACUCGCUCAUCGAGCGAGGGCAUGCCGAACAGGCGAGAUCAAUGCUCUCGAAGAUCCGUGGCACCGACGACGUUCAAGAGGAGUAUGAUGACCUUGUGGCCGCAAGUGAGGAGUCAAAGACCAUCAAGCACCCGUGGAAGAACAUAUUGGAGAAAAAGUACAGGCCGGCACUCACUAUGGCUAUUCUCAUUCCCUUCUUCCAGCAGCUUACCGGGAUCAAUGUGAUCAUGUUCUAUGCUCCCGUUCUCUUCAAGACCAUUGGCUUCGAAGACGAUGCCGCACUCAUGUCCGCUGUUAUUACAGGCCUCGUCAACAUGUUUGCUACCUUUGUCUCUAUAGCCACUGUCGACAGAGUCGGCCGCAGGGCACUCUUCUUACAGGGUGGCACCCAAAUGCUCAUAUGCCAGAUGGAAAUGGUUUUAGGAUCAACUCUUACAUUAGCAGAUCAAAAUCGCAUGAAGUAG